AUGGCUUCUUCCACCGGUUCAUCCAGGUAUGUGGAUGUCAAUGGCGCAGAGAGUGAAGCGCACGUACCAGUGAGCAGCACCGACGAAAUGGAUCCGAGUCUAGCUGGUGGGUUUCGAGUUAUCUACGACCGAGAAACACCAUUUGAGCUGCGAAUUCAGGAUGCCGAUAAUACUCCACAACAGAUCGGAACGCUUGAGGCUAUCAAGGUUAAGAUUUUAAUUCUGGGAAGUGAUACAGAUAUUCACGUGGUUCGAGUGGAGCUCUCGACUGAGAGUGACUUGUUCUUCCUGUACACCCACACGUGCGACCUGGAGAGUUUCCACGCCAUGCAGGAGCAGCAGAAGCUCAUGGUGGACUUCACAGACUACGCCAAUGUGCUGAUCCGCAUGCUCAAUAACUGCAUCAAAGAGCCACAUAACCACCUCGCAGUGUACCUCAUGCAGGCGGAUGGUCGAGCGCGAUUGGAUUUUAUCCAGAACAUGGAGUACAAGUUCAUUGAGCUGCUCUCUGUCGACUUCAUGCGCGCUUCAGAGGACACGAUUCGUCAGCAUAUCACCUUCCGCUACACCUCCAUGAAGUCACGUCUUCAAGUGCUGCAGACGCGACUCCAUGAGGUCAACAGCAUCGUCAAGACCAAGAAUCCAUCGUUACUGCUGCAGCUUCAGAAGACCGUCCCGUCGCCAUCGUCCAGGAACCGCUACCUCACGCAUUGA